AUGUAUUUACUAAGAGGGAGUGGUCCACCCGUCGAUUAUAUCCAAAAAUCAAUCGGUGAUUAUGGAUUGUAUCAUUUGUUGCUCUGUUUUAUAGUCUUUUUAUCUAAAUUUCCAAUUGCUUGGCAUCAAAUGGCGAUUAUAUUUCUUACACCGAAAGUAUCAUAUACAUGUGAUGGAGAACUCAAUAAAUGCCCUUGUGCUAAUCCAGAAUUUGAUAAAUCAGUAUUUCCUAUGACCAUAACCAUGAAGUGGAACUUAAUUUGCGAGAAAAAACAUCUAGGCACUCUGGUACAGACAUUGUUUCAACUCGGUACACUCAUUGGUAGUAUACUAUUCGGCAUGGCUUCCGACAGAUGGGGAAGAAGACCUUCAUUUAUAUUGGCAAUUGCUAUCCAAGUUAUAUCCGGCGUAGGAACUGCUUAUAUGGAGUCCUUUUUAUUGUUUAAUUUACUCAGACUUAUAGUUGGUAUAUCAGUGGGAGGUACAAUGGUUGUUGGAUUUGUUUGUAUUAUGGAGUUUUGUGGUACGAAGUAUCGACCACCCAUUUCAGCUCUCUAUCAAGUCCCAUUUAAUUUGGGCCAUUUAACUCUAUCUGGAUUCGGAUAUUACUUCAGAAAUUAUGAUGCUUUUCAAGUGGCAAUAUCCGCACCAGUGGCUGUCUUGCUAUUGUAUUAUUGCAUAUUACCUGAAACACCAAGAUGGUUAAUGGCUAUGAAAAAAACAGAAGAAGCCAUUAAAGUGUGCGAACGCGUUGCUAAAGUGAACAAGCUGCCAACAAAUACUAUUAGAGGCGAUUUAGUAGCUUGUGAAAAAGAAUUAGAAAAGAAACAUCUGAAAAAAGGAACAAUUGUGGAUCUUUUUAGGACUCCAAAUCUAAGAAAAAAUAUUUUAUGUAUGGCUUUUAACUGGUUUACUUGCAGUUACUGUUUUUACGGCGUUUCUCAAUAUAUAAGUUUUUUGACUGGUGAUAUUUUCGUUAAUGUUGCCAUAAGUGCAACUUUCGCUUUAUUUGGAACAUUUGCAUCAGUACCUCUCAUAAGCGUAAUGAACCGUAGAACCAUGCUUUUAUUGUUCCAAGCUAUCUGCGCUAUUUGUUUAUAUGCGUUAGCGUUUUUACCUGAGGGUACGAUAUCUGUAGGUUGUGCCUGCGUUGGCAAUUUAGCUGCAUUUGUUGUCUUCAUACUUGUGUAUUUAUAUUGUUCUGAACUAUUUCCCACCGUCGUACGAAAUGCUGCCUUAGGGUUUUCUUCAAUGACGGCUCGAAUUGGGUCUAUGAUAGCCCCAUUCGUGGUAGGGUUGAGAGACACAGCAGUUUUUCUACCACCUGUUAUCUUUGCUAUACCGCCAACACUGGCUUGCAUAAUAACCAUGUUUUUACCCGAAACCAAGGGUUGUCCAUUAAUGACCACACUACAAGAAGGUGAAGAAUUUGGUAAGAAAAAGGUUACUAAACAACCGAAUGCUUGA